AUGUUAGAUAAGUUUCAUCUAAAAGAAAAUGAUUGGUUAAGGUCUAUUUUUAAAAUAAGGGAUUUAUGGAUUCCGGCUUUUAUGAGAGAUCUUGAACUUUCUGGUUUGAUGCGAACUACUUCAAGAUCAGAGAUUCUGAAUUAUGCUUUCUCACAUUUUUUGCAUCAUAAAUCAAAUUUGGUGAAGUUCAUGAUGUCGUUUGAUAGUGCAAUGGAGAAGCAAAGGCAUCAUCAAUCUUUAUUAGAUUAUCAGUCCACAACUACUACCCCCAAGCUAAGGACUCCUUUGGCUAUUGAAAAGCAUGCAUCGAAAAUUUAUACACAUAAUAUUUUCUUGGACAUUCAGAAAGAGUUAUACAAAUCUGUGUUUUAUUGUGUUCAAGAAUCUGUAGUUAUUGAAGAUGAAAGCGAAGUUUAUGUUUUGAGAGAUAAGAAGAAAAAAAAGUUGAUUGAUAAAAAUGUGAAUGAGGAUGAAGAUUCUGAUCAUUUUUAUCGAAAUAGUCUUCCUUCUCAUUGUCCUAAUACUCAUUACAAGGUUGUAUUUAGUAGAAGGGGUGAUAGCAUUAGCAUCAGUUGUAGCUGCAUGCUUUUUGUCCAGGAAGGAUUGUUAUGUCGUCAUAUGUUUUUCAUAUUAAAUAUGAAAGAGUAUGAUGAAAUUCCAUCAAAAUUCAUUUUGAGGAGAUGGGGAAAAGAUAUCAUAGCUGAUGGAUUGUUGAGAAAAAAAACAAAUAAUGAGGAUGAGUUGGCUAAAUAUAUAAAGCAACCUCAGGAGGUUGAUAGUGGUAUUCCUUUAUGUACCUCAUCAAGGGCAUCUUCGAAUAGAUCAGUUCACAUUGAAAAAAUUAUUGGAGCUGCAGUACCUGAUGUUAUCAACUUUCAUAAUCCAGAGGGGAUCAGAAACAAGGGAUGGGCCAGUGGUAAAAGAAUCAAGAGCACUAGAGAGAAAGUGAUUGAGAAAUCUAAAAAGGGUUCUAGGUUGUGCAGUUUAUGUCAUAAACCAAAUCACAAUGCUAGGAGUUGCAUUUUGAGGUUAAAGAAGUCUGAUUUAGAAUCUGAGGUUACAGAAGGCUGA